AUGCGGCCCAUUCUUCUUGCCGGGCACGAGCGUGCCCUCACUCAGAUCCGAUACAACCUCGAUGGCGACUUGAUCUUCUCCGUCGCCAAGGAUCAGCAGAUCUGUGUCUGGUUCUCUCACAACGGCGAGCGUCUCGGCACGUACCACGGCCAUGUCGGUGCCAUCUGGACCGUCGAUGUCGACCCCACCUCGACCAUGAUCGCCUCCGGCUCUGCCGACAACACCAUCCGCCUCUGGGAGGUCAAGACCGGCCGCUGCCUCAAGGUCUGGGAGUUCCCCACGGCCGUCAAGCGCGUCGAGUUCAACGAGGACGGCACCAAGCUGCUGGGCGUCACCGAGAAGCGCAUGGGAUUCCUGAGCAACAUCGUCGUCAUGGACAUCAACCCCGACGUCGACGCCGAGCAGAGCGACGAGAAGGUCCUCACCAUCGUCUGCGACGAGAGCAAGGCCACCGUUGCUGGCUGGAGCAACCUCAGCAAGUACAUCAUUGCCGGCCACGAGGACGGCAGUGUCAGCCAGUUCGAUGCCAAGACUGGCGAUGUGCUCGACAACUUUCCCAUCCACGAACUCAACAACCCCAUCGUAGAUCUCCAGUGGUCCAGCGACCGCACCUAUUUCAUCACCGCUAGCAAGGACAAGACCGCCAAGCUCAUCUCGGCCGCGGACCUCGAAGUCUUCAAGACCUACCCCAGUGACACCCCCCUCAACAGUGCUUGCAUCACCCCCAAGAAGGAUUUCGUCAUCCUCGGUGGUGGUCAGGCCGCCAUGGACGUCACCCGUACCUCUGCCCGUCAGGGUAAGUUCGAGGCUCGUUUCUACCACAAGAUCUUCGAGGACGAGAUCGGCCGCGUGCGUGGCCAUUUCGGUCCCCUCAACACCGUCGCCGCCGACCCCACUGGCAAGAGCUACGCCAGCGGCGGAGAGGACGGCUACGUGCGAGUUCACCACUUCGACAAGGGAUACUUCGAUUUCCUGUACGAGGUCGAGAGGGAACGGUUGAACCGCUUGAAGUAG